GGUCAUGAGGGAACAUGAUUGGUACAAAGUCCCAUUUAGAAAGCACAACUCUUUACACGUUUCUCUUACUCUGUCCAUUCUGAAGAACCUGAUCUUAAGUGCAGAAUACCAUGAGUGUGGAGAAGAAACAACCCAGGCAGCAAUGCUGCUCCAAACAGAAGAGUUUUCUGGCCGCCUUGUCUUUUGUCUACUUUGCCAAAGCAUUUCAGGGCAGUUACAUGAAAAGCUCAGUGACACAGAUUGAGAGACGCUUUGACAUUCCCAGCACACAAAUUGGAUUCAUUGAUGGAAGCUUUGAAAUUGGCAACCUGUUGGUGAUUGCAUUUGUGAGUUAUUUCGGAGCAAAACUUCACAGACCUAGACUGAUUGGAGCAGGAUGUCUGAUCAUGGCUACUGGUUCCUUCAUCACUGCCCUGCCUCACUUUUUCCAGGGACCGUACCAGUAUGAGACGUCAAUCACACAUAUCUCUGAAUCCAAUGAGACUGAAUCCAUUCUCCCAUGUCUUCCAACUGGGAGCCAUUCACAAGUGGAUGAAUCUAGCACAGCUGAAAGCCAAACAGAGUGUGAGAAAACGGCAGGAUCCAAUUUAUGGGUCCUCGUGUUUCUGGGUAACAUGCUACGAGGGAUUGGGGAGACUCCAGUGAUGCCUCUUGGAAUGUCUUACAUGGAUGACUUUGCCAGAGAAGAGAACACAGCUUUAUAUAUUGCAUGUAUACAGUGUUCUGGUAUCCUGGGGCCUAUGGUUGGCUUUAUGCUGGGGUCCUUCUGCGCCAGAAUUUAUGUGGAUUUUGGAGCUGUAGACUUAGACCACAUAUCAAUAACCCACAAAGACACACGUUGGGUUGGGGCCUGGUGGCUUGGUUUCAUAAUCACUGGUGCUGUGAUGUUACUGGCUGGAAUCCCAUUCUGGUUCCUGCCCCGGUCACUACCUAAGCAAGCAGAGGGCAACGAUAGGAAAGAUCAACAAGUCCAUCACAGCGAACAAGAUUCUUUUAUCCCAGUGGAGAGCACUUCACCACCUGAGAAAGCUGACCCUGUCAACAUGGUCGCCAUGGCCAAAGAUUUCCUGCCAUCUUUGAAGAGGCUUUUCAGUAACUAUAUAUACGUGCUUAUCAUCUGCACUGGUUUGGUCCAGGUCAGCAGCUUUAUUGGAAUGAUCACAUUUAAGCCCAAGUACAUGGAACAGGUUUAUGGCCAGUCUCCAUCCAAGGUUAUCCUACUGAUAGGCAUUAUGAAUUUGCCUGCCGUGGCAUUGGGAAUUGUCUUAGGAGGCUUUGUGAUGAAAAGGUUCCAACUGAGCGUACUUGGUGCAGCCAGGAUGUCCAUUUCCAGUUCUUUUAUUGCUUUUGUUCUCAUGCUGAGCCAGUUCUUCCUACACUGUGGAAAUUCAGAGGUGGCGGGGCUUACUGUGUCCUAUGAGGGUUUUCCGAACAUUUCCACCCAGCAGCAGAGUUUGGUGUCCCAGUGUAACUCAGGGUGCUCCUGCUCUCUGAAACACUGGGAUCCAGUAUGUGCCUACAAUGGCCUGACAUAUUCAACACCCUGCCUUGCAGGUUGCCAAAGCUCCACUGGAUACGCCAAGGAAAUGGUCUUUCACAACUGCUCAUGUGUUGCUGAAGCACCGCUACCUAGUAUAAACAUGUCUGCAGUGUUGGGGCAGUGUCCACGCAAGGACAACUGUGACUACAUAUUUAAGAUAUACAUGGCGAUGACUGUAUUAGGGGCCUUUGUCACAGCCAGUGCAGCCACUCCUGGAUAUAUUGUUCUGCUCAGGUCUAUUCAACCAGACUUAAAGUCUUUGGCCCUUGGAAUGCAGAUGUUGAUAGUCAGGACUCUGGGUGGAAUCCCGCCUCCAGUAUAUUUUGGAGCUUUGAUUGACAGGACAUGUCUGAAGUGGGGAACAAAGCGAUGUGGAGGCCGAGGUGCAUGUCGACUCUACAACACUGAUGCAUUUAGAGUGACUUUCUUGGGACUCAUCUACGGAUUGUCUGCUCUGGCCUUGCUGCUCUUGGUACUACUGUAUAAAAGACUAUCACACCAACAACAACAGCUGGCACUGCAAAACCAGACCAAAGACUUAGAUCCAGAAGCCAACAACAUGUCCAAGAAUAAUGGAAAUGCCCCAUCAGCUAUUGUCAAGUGCAAGGAAGAGCUGGAUAGAGAGACCAGUAUCUGAAUUCUUAUGUGGCAAAAUCGAACAUGUUCUAUAAGCUCUUAUGCUGAUUACAUGAUGAAAAUCUUGUACAGUGUACAGUUUGUGACGGGAGCUUUUCUGUGCUAGGAAUUAUCUUACAAGUAUGUGUUCCUGAAAUUGCUCGUUAUAACACACGCUCUUGAGCCAUAAAUGUAUUGUAAUCAGUAUUUUUGUGACAUCUUUAAUAAUACCUUCUAAUUUUUUUUCAUUUGUAUCUAAUUGUUUUAUAGAUUUAAAAUGAUAAUGUAAGGAGAUCUGAUAAAAAGUGAAUUAGUGGAUUUUUACAGAUUAUAAUUCUGACCUUAACCUUUAUGUUUCUUUGAUUUUAGAGCUGCAAUUAUACAGUGUAUGUCACCAGUUUUACAAAAUGUAUUACACAUUGACUGACCAGAAGUGUUAAGAAAGGUGUAUAUUUAAGUCUCUGUAACUAUUAAAAAUAGGUUUUUAAUAAUAACUAUCUGGAUGGAGCUGACAAAAAAACAAAAUACACACAAGAGGUCAUUUCAAAAGAUAUUAGAUAGUAGAUAUAGAUAGUUUUCUGAUUAUUAGUUUUUAAAUAUCUCUAAAUAUUUUUCAGCUUUUGUUUUUUACUACUGUUUGGAAUGGUUUGGAAGACUCCAAAAAUUGAUGUAAUGAUGUUUAGAAGGUUGGCCAUCUGUUAGGGCCAGUGAGAGUGAACUUGUAACUACAUUUAUAAACACUUUUAGCUAGUGUUUAUAAGUUUAUCUUGUUACCAAUAUGGAGCUAUGCCAAUAGUAUUAUUGUCCUGUUAGAUCAGGUUGUGACCAAGUUGUCUUGAAGUGUUUCUUCAGUAUUUAUAGAUAAUACUCAGGAUAAUUCUCAGGAUUCCAUCUACUGUACUUACUGAAGAGCACCAGUAAAACACAGCAUGAUGCUGUCACCUUUUUACUUCAGACUUGGGAUACUGUUCUUCAGCUUAAUAGGCUUACCCUUCACGUCAUGAAUACAUAAUAAUUAUUUGUGACCUAACAGUUAUAUGUUUUGUUUAAUUUGACCAGAGAUUAAGUCUUCAUCUUGCUAAUCACCUGCAACCUUCAGUCUGGGUUUUUUUCCUAGUUUAGUGCUUCCAUUCUGCAGGUCUUCCACAACUGUAGUCGAGUGUUGAAUGCACCAGUAGAGGGAAGCAUUGCUGUGUCUCUUGUCCAGUGUCGGGACAGAUCAGCUUGGAGCAGCAGGUUCCACUAUUCCAGUUCCACUACUGGAAAGGCAAGGUCAUCUCUAUUGAUUUUGCUAAACAUUUGGGUUUAAGAUGAUUAGAUCAACAUAAAAUGACAUCAGACAUUCAGCUUUAAAUUUCUGAUAUUUAAAAUCUUAGAUAUUAACCAUUUAAAACAUGGCACUUUUCCUGGUAAACCACCCAAUUUUUAACCUUUAUUUUCCUUUAUAUGACAUAAAAUCUUUCUCCUGCCAUUAAAUUUUUAUUUUAUUUUAAUUAA